GUUCAAUGAUAUUUACUGGUUACCCACGUGAAGGUAUUCUUGUUUACUGCUUCAUGAUAAAGUUCUAAAUAUUUAAUAGUGAUGACUUCCAGAGUUUCUCUGGCUUCAAAACUAUACAAGUUUACUUUGCCAAAUAUACUUGAAACUCAGGGAAAACAUCUUCCUGAAUCUUAUAAGAAGUUUUAUAAAGAAUGGAAAUUCACUCAACCUCAACCUGUUCACUAUAUCCCACAUCAAGCCAAGUGGUACAGAAAUCCAAAUACUGGUGAAGUAAAGCCUUUGCAAAAUACUCCCAUUCCCGUUUAUUUCCCACCUGAAUCAAAUAAAGGGAUUUGGGGUGGUGAAGCAGUAAUUAAAGGUUUCCAAAAGAGACAGCGAUUAAAACAAAGAGUCCCUCAUUUUUGGGUUCCACAUUUGAUUCAGUCAGUGGUCUACAGUGAAAUACUGGAUAAAAGAAUGUCCGUAACUGUUACGCAGAGAACACUUGAUCUAAUCAUUAAAAACUAUGGUUUUGAUCAUUAUGUUCUUAAGACCAAAGCUUGUGAUUUGCAGUCUACUCUAGCUUUGAAGUUAAAGAAAAAAAUGUUGUUAUCACUAUUAAAAAUGGAUCUAUACCCAGAAGAUCCUAUUAAGAGAGAUGAAAUUUAUAACAAAUAUAAGCAUUAUUUAGAAGAGUAUACUGAAGAAGAUAUAGAAUGGUAUGGUUUGACAUUUUCUGAAGCAUUAAUAAAAUAUGAAAAACAAAUGGAUAUGAAACCUAUUGUUCCAUUAAAAAUUAAAUUACGGAAAGAAUAUCUUGCACACUUAGAGGAAGAAAAAAAUAAUCCUGCACAAGAGCUGCUGUUGGAUAAAAAAGAAGGAUCAUGGAUUACAAAAUUGAACCCGUUUAGCAAAAAUUAAUUAUUUAUUUAUUCAAUAAAUAUUUUUAGUUAUUUAAUAAAUUGUUGUAGUUUAUGCAUUUGGAUUUCCUUGUUUAGUAAGCUAUGAAAUUAAUUUUAAUUGUUUUACAUCUAGUUUGAUUUUCCUCUUUAUACUCAUAAUCAUCUUAGAUAAGUGUUACAGGUAAUAUAACUUUCUUUCUGA